GCGGCUGAUCACGACACGCCAUGUCCUCUCCCCAGAGCACGGUCCGCCAACGAGGGCCUAAAGACAAGAGUCGCCCAGUGACACCGAACGCAGCCGCAUUGAAUGGCAAGGUCGAGGAUACCUUGGACUCGGUGAAAAAGUCGGGAAAAGAGGCUGUCAAGAGUGAAUGGGACUACAAGCUUGGUUUCACAAUCAUCACGAUCCUCGCAUUCCUGACGCGCUUCUGGGGCAUCAGCCAUCCCGACCAGGUUGUGUUCGAUGAGGUGCACUUUGGCAAGUUCGCCUCGUAUUACCUCCAACGCACCUACUUCUUCGAUGUCCACCCUCCCUUUGGCAAGCUACUUUUCGCAUUCGCCGGCUGGCUCGUUGGAUACGAUGGCUCCUUCCUCUUCGAGAACAUCGGCGACUCGUACAUCACCAACCACGUGCCUUACGUGGCAUACCGAUCCAUGCCAGCGCUGAUGGGCGCGCUGACAGUUUCAACUGUAUACCUGAUCAUGUGGGAGUCUGGAUACAGUCUGCCUGCUGCCAUCCUGGCCUCUUCGCUCGUGCUUUUCGACAACGCGCACAUUGGUCAGACUCGUCUGAUUCUCCUCGACGCGACUCUAGUGCUGUUCAUGGCGCUGAGCAUCCUUUGCUACAUUCGAUUCUACAAGCUCCGCCACGCGCCAUUCGGAAGGAAGUGGUGGAAGUGGCUCCUGCUCACUGGAGUAUGCAUGAGCUGUGUCAUCAGCACGAAAUACGUGGGAGCUUUCACCUUCUUCUCCAUUGGCGUGCCGGUCUUGAUCGAUCUCUGGGAGUUGAUGGAUGUCAACCGCAAGCAAGGAGCUCUGACGCUGCCGACAUUCUUCAAGCACUUUGCUGCACGUGUCAUCGGUCUGAUCAUUGUGCCCUUCAUGAUGUACCUGUUCUGGUUCCAAGUGCACUUUGCGAUUCUGUCUCGAUCGGGUCCUGGCGACGAUUUCAUGACUCCGGCCUUCCAGGAGACGCUCUCGGACAACCUCAUGUCGCAAAAUGCUGUGAGCAUUGAGUACUUUGACAACAUCUCCAUGCGUCACAAGGACACCAAGGUUUAUCUGCACUCGCAUGUGGACAAGUACCCGCUUCGCUACGAUGAUGGCCGCGUUUCGUCUCAGGGUCAGCAGGUUACUGGAUACCCUCACAACGACACCAACAACCUGUGGCAGAUUCUCCCGUCGAAUGGUGUGGAAGGCACGGGUCACAAGGUCAGGACUGGCGACCACGUUCGUCUUCGCCAUCUCGUCACCGAUUCUUACCUGCUCACUCACGAUGUUGCGUCUCCCUUCUUCCCUACCAACCAGGAAUUCACCGCAGUCCCAAUCGAGCAGGCGAAUGGAGAUCGAUACAACGACACUCUCUUUGAGAUUCGUGUCGACGAGAAGAAGAUUGGACAGGAGUUCAAGACACUCGCAUCGCAUUUUAAGCUCGUCCACGUUCCUACCAAGGUCGCCAUGUGGACGCACACCAAGCCUUUGCCUGACUGGGGUUACAAGCAAGCCGAGAUCAAUGGCAACAAGAAUGCCGCGCAGACGUCGAACUUGUGGUACGCCGAAGACAUCCAGGGCAUUCCGGCCGACUCGCCUCGAUUGGUCAAGACGAUCCGCAAGCCCAAGAGCAUGCCAUUCUUGAAGAAGUAUAUUGAGGUCCAGCGGGCCAUGUUCUACCACAACAACGCGUUGACAUCGUCUCACCCGUACGCAUCGCAGCCAAUUCAGUGGCCAUUCCUUCUCCGCGGCGUCAGCUUCUGGACGGAGAACGAGACCAAGCGUCAAAUCUACUUUAUGGGCAAUCCUCUCGGAUGGUGGUUCGCAUCGUCGGUUUUGGCGAUCUUCGCCGGCAUUCUGUUCGCGGAUCAGAUGUCUGUCCGCCGUGGCGUCGACGCUCUUGACAGACGCACUCGGUCUCGUCUCUACAACAGCACGGGUUUCUUCUUCCUCGUUUGGGGCGCCCACUACCUUCCCUUCUUCAUCAUGGGUCGCCAACUCUUCUUGCACCACUACCUGCCAGCACACUUGGCUUCCUGUCUCGUGGCCGGCGCGAUUGUUGAAUUCGUCUUCAACAUCGAGCCGCAAGACCUCACCCGCGUGUCCUCAACCAACCCUAUCACGGACGGCAAGAAGGACAGCGCUGCGCAAGCUGCUCAGCGCGCCAAGCCGAUCCGCGAACGUAUUGCGGGUCAGAGCUUGAUGGCGACGUGGGCGGCGAGUGGAGUGUUGGUUUCGAUACUGGUGUGGAGUUUCUGGUACUUUAGCCCGUUGACGUACGGCAAACCCGGAUUGACCGUUGCGCAAGUGUUGGCAAGGAAGUGGUUGAACUACGACUUCCACUUUGCGAAGUAGAUUGGUGGGAUGUAAUGGGAUUGCAUGGCGGUGACUGGAGUCGGGCAGUUUCUACUGUGAGAGCGUCGAAAACCGGAGUAUUGGCUAGAUUGGGGAUGGGUCUUUUACUGUAAGAACACAGAGAAGCACUGGAACGCAGGACGGAAAAUGAAACUGUAACAACAAUAUGAAGAGCGAUGCCUUCGCUUGACCCGAAGGAGGCAA